CAUGAAUCUUGCACAGGUGGUUUUCCCUGGAAAUUAUUGGAACCAGAAUCGCUUUUAUUACGAACUGCAUUUUAUAUUAUUUUAUCCUAUUGUAAUAAUAUCAACACCAAAGACCAAAAACCUAUUUCAACAUGACGGAUGGAAUGCUAUCUCUGUCGUGGAAUAAUCACAGCACGACAUUUUGCCACAUGCUUUCAGCUCUCAGACACAAGGACAGAUACACAGAUGCAACAUUGGCUUGUGAAGGCAAAUUCUACCCUGUGCACAAACUAGUUCUCUCCACGUGCAGUCAAUAUUUUGAGGAGAUGUUUGACCACACACUUGGAAAGCACCCCAUUGUCCUGCUGCAAGAUGUCAUGUGCAAUGAGAUAGAGGCACUACUGAGUUAUAUGUAUGUUGGCGUUGUGAGUGUUGCGCAGAAGGAUCUCGCUCGUUUAAUCAAGGUAGCUGAGCUGUUGCAGAUUAAAGGCUUGGCUGUUCCAGAUGAAGUACAAACAGUCAAAGAUACGGUGUCACAUUCUAAUAGUAAAAAUGCCAGGCGGAGCCCCCAGUCAAGAGAGUUUGUUGAUUCUACUGAUGACAGAGGGAGUCCACACCCAAAGAGAAGAAAACAAGAUGACUCAAGCUCAUCAUCUCCCAGGGAACUUUUUGAAAACAACAAUGCACACUCACCCAGGUUAUCCUCAUAUUCCAAAGAUGGUGAAGGAUUAGAUUAUAGCACAUCAGAAGACAGAAUUAGAAGAGAGGUGUAUCCAGAGCAGGUUAGAGGCAGUGAGUCUGAGACAGAGUCCCUCCAUCACAGAGAAUCUGCAGCCAGUAAUUCAGUGCCUGAAGAGUCGAAUAUGCUUUCAGGUGUGAAGUUACAAGAACAGUCAGCCACUAGGAAUCCCUCAAAGGAUACAAGUGAAGAUGCAAUAGUCAUUAAAGAGGAAGUAUGGGAAGAUCCAGAACUAAGUCACAAUAACUCCAUAGACCCGAGUGUCACAGGCUCAGAUAGUGCAGACCCAGACAGUCAUGAUGGAGUUCAGGAGGAGCGCACAGGCACGUCUAAGGGGUUCAGUUAUCCAGGUGUUCCAGCGCAGGGAUCUCAGGAACUACCAGAGGUGGUUGUUGAGGCAUUAGCAGGACCGUCAGGCAUGCAGGAGUGGCUUGGCAGUAAUGACUUUGCAGCUGGCUUAGCCUCAGUUGAGAACUUCAGCAUAAACGGAAGUCCACCGUUGUCAGAGCAUCCGCAGGCACUACAGUUGGCAGGAGAGGAGAGUCAGAAGGGUGAUAAGGGAGCCACAGGAGGCAAGGCAGGCAUCAUAUCCAGCAGCAAGUUCCACCAGUGCCCCUACUGUGCUUACGACACACCCAGGAAAGACCAUCUGGUUAUGCACAUACGUACCCACACCGGGGAAAAGCCCUAUUCCUGUCCAUACUGUCCCUCAAGAUUUGUUCAGAAAGGGACUCUUAGUAACCAUAUCCGCACUCACACCGGGGAAAAACCCUUCUCAUGUCCGCAUUGCUCCCAGUGCUUUGCACGGAACAGUCACCUCUGGAGUCAUGUGUCAACUCGCCAUAAAGGAAGACUUUCGACUGCUACUUGAAUAAUCAUUACUUUUGCCCUCAGUUCAGAUUAUUCCAUGACGUGUUUAGUUAGGACUGAGAAAGUUUGUAAUUUAAAAUGCUGUUUUUUUUUUAUUGAUAAUGUUAUAGGUAUUCAGAAAUGGAAAUGUAGUAUUUUAUGCUAGAUUUAAAAGGAGAAAAAUUGUUGAUAUAGAAAAUGUCAUAGAAAAUAAAUCAUAAUAUUAGAAUAUAAUGAAGUAGAUAUUAUAUAAAAGGAAGUACUACAGUGGUAAGAAAAACAAAAUAUAAUAUUUUUAUUAAUAAUAAUAAUAUUAUAAUUCCUAUAUUAAUGAUAGGAAAAGGUGAUUUUACAUCUUUUUUUCUUUGGUGCUUCAGAAAGGUUAAUUUUUUUACAUUUUACUUAUCCAAGGAAAGUUGGAAUAAAUCUCUUCCAUGCUUUGUUGUGUGUCUCUCUUUUUUCAAACAGAACACAUUUAUGCAGCUUUAGUUGCAUAAACUUUUAAUAUUUCCUUUGUUUCAAGAUUCUCUAGAAAAUUUAGGAGGAUGUAAACUUGCUGUACACAAGAAUGUCUGAUCAUAGAAAGAGAAAUCAAGUCACUAUCAUGUGAGGGCCAGUCAGAUCACAAUUAUAGUGACUAAUAGUAGCUUUGAGAUUGGCCUUUAUUCAGUUUUGGGUCAAUGCAUACAUGAGCAGUUGCAAGUACAAUUGUUACACAGAUAAUUGCUUUUUGGUCCAUUGCAGAUUCAUAGGCCUUUUGUUUUUCUUCAUAGUUCUGGAAAAGAUGAAAUAUGUAUUAGUUUGUAUGAAAGGUACUUUGAUAACAAAUGUUUGAUUAAUGAAUCAUAAUAGCUAAUUGAAUUGUCAGAUUAUCUUUUUAUGCAAUCACCUUUGAAUUUCCAAUUGUGCAAUUUUUAUAUUCUGAAAAAUGCUUAGGGUAUUAUUCUUUAUUUUAUGCCCAUUUAUAUUUAGUAAUGCUGUGAUUAGUAUAUGUGAAAUAUAUUCUGAAUGAGUAUAUUAUGAAGUACAAUUUUUUUAUGAAUGUGGUUGUUUGUAUUGAAACCUUACAAAAUAUGAGAGCAAACAAACUAUGUAAGUUAUAUAGUUAUUUCAGUA